UCUAUGCAAACGAGAAACGUCAUACGUCAUUAAAGAAAACUGUGAAAAAACGGAAAAACCAAAAAAUUCUUUGAAAAAAAUCACAAAAUCUCGUUAAAAAUUAAUCAAAAAUCUUAUUUAUUGUCUUAAAAAAUGAUUUAAUUGUUAGAAAAGUUGAAAGAACAAAUCGAAAUAUACCAAAGUUAGAAACAUAUUUACGUAGAUAGUAGUUCCUUUUUUCUUUUAAUGUUUAUUCGUAGCAAACAUAUUUUAUUGGCUAAACAACAAUACGAUAUUGUUAAGACGGAUUAUAUCGAAUUUGUUGUUCCUCUAUUAACUGGGUAUAUAGAAAAUUCCAUUUCAAUACUCAGUUUUCGUGGAUUCGCCUGAAGUCCGGUGUAAACAGAAACAGAAACAGACUGCUGCGUCGUAGUCGUAAACGACAACGACGGGGACGACCACGACCACGACGACAACUACGACGACGACGUUGACGUUGACAAAGAAUAAUCUAAAACUCGCUAAAGUGUAGGCAGGUGACACGGCGAGUAAGUUUUUGGUGUCUAACCCCCGAACAUUGUUUAGCUUUGGCCAACAAGAUAUUAACCCGACGGGCAAAACAUAUGAUGUGGUCGUUCUUCUCGCGCGACUCCUCCAAAGAGUUCCCUUACGAGAUUGGGGAACAAGUUCCCGGAUACGAAUCGCGUUCGAUAUGGUCGCAGCACAAAGCGAAACGCAAGUCCACUAACGAAGAGGUAUCGGUUUUUGUGUACGACAUUAAAAACGGUUCCGAUGCGAAAUUCGAUUUGGCCAAGGCCGCGGUAAAACGAUUAAAGACGCUUCGUCAUCCGAGUAUUUUGCAAUUUUUGGAUAGUUUGGAAACUGACAAAGUGUUGUAUGUUGCAACUGAGGCAGUAGAACCAUUGGGUACGCACAUAGCCAAAUUGGCAUCAGAUGGUCCACAGAAAGAUCUGUAUUUGGCUUGGGGAGUGUUUCAAAUUACGCGAGCUCUUUCUUUUCUUAACAACGAUGGCAACUUGAGGCACAACAACGUAUCAGUGUGGUCUGUGUUUGUGAAUGCGUCAGGAGAAUGGAAACUGGGAGGCUUGGAGUAUGUAUCGCCAGCUGAUGGUAAUCCAAUGCCUCCGAUUAAGAUACCUCCAGCUCUCGAGGUCUACGAUCCUCCAGAGAAAAACGAUCAGACAAAACUUAAAGCAGCAACUAAGUGCUCUGUUGAUAUGUGGGGUUUGGGAUGCCUCGUAUGGGAGUCCUUCAACGGUCCAUUAAAAGUUCGUGGUAAUUUAAAGGAUAUCGAUAACGUUCCCAAGUCUUUACAAUCAUUAUAUUGUGAACUUGUGGGUGCAUCGCCAUCAAAUCGACCAAAUCCAGCCGAUAUUAUAACACGAUGUCGCAAGCCUGGAGGGUUUUUCAAAAACGACCUAGUCGAUACUUUGUUGUUUUUGGAAGAAAUUCAAAUUAAGGACAAAGCUGAAAAAAAUCGAUUUUUCAGUGGUUUAACAAUACACUUGGAGAAUUUUCCCGAAAAUGUUUGCAAACACAAAAUACUUCCUCAGUUAAUUACGGCUUAUGAAUAUGGUGAUGCUGGAUCUGCAGUUCUUGCUCCAAUGUUUAAACUAGGAAAAUUAUUAGAUGAAAACGAAUACCAAAAGCGAAUAGUUCCAUGCGUAGUGAAACUUUUUGCAUCAACAGAUCGUGUAACACGUUCUCGUUUAUUGCAACAGUUGGAACUAUUUAUUGCGCAUUUACAACCACAAGUAGUAAAUGAUCAGAUAUUUCCCCAAGUUGCACAUGGCUUCCUUGACACAAAUGCUACAAUUCGAGAACAGACGGUUAAGUCCAUUAUUCACUUGGCUCCAAAAUUAAACUACAACAAUUUAAACGUGGAAGUGUUGCGACAUUUUGCACGCCUGCAAGCACGAGACGAUCAAGGUGGUAUUCGAACCAAUACGACAGUGUGCUUAGGAAAAAUAGCUCCCCACUUGCAUCCACAGGUGCGACAACGAGUUCUAGUAUCUGCAUUUAUAAGAGCCAUGCGGGAUCCAUUCCCACCAGCGCGGGUUGCUGGUGUAUUAGCGUUAGCAGCAACACAACAGUAUUUCCUACUGAGUGAGGUCGCAAAUCGUGUCUUACCCGCCUUGUGUUCGCUAACUGUCGAUCCAGAAAAAUCUGUUCGAGAUCCAGCGUUCAAGACAAUUCGUGGUUUUCUGGGAAAACUAGAAAAAGUUUCUGAAGAUCCCAGUUUACGUGAAACAAUGGAGGCUGAUGUUCAUACAGCAACACCUUCUAUAGGUAAUGCUGCUGCUACUUGGGCUGGUUGGGCGGUAACUGCUGUAACGGCGAAAUUCUAUCGAAGCCAAAGUGAUUCGUCAAGGCCGCGACCGCCACUCACAGGUCGAAAUCUAUCAAAACCAGCAUCAUUAGAACAACCAUCAAGUAGCAGUUUAUCGACAACAACGUCUAGUGUAACAUCAAUGACAUCUUUGGAACAUGAAAGUAAUGACACAUCAGCAUCUGCCAGCGAUUAUGGUGCAGAUAAUUGGGAUAACGAAAAUUGGGGUGAAAUGGAUACUUCACAGGAUCCAAGUAGUCCUUUAGCUGGUGCAGUUCCAAACAGUGGACAAAUUAAUGCUUCUACUGCCCUUGCAGAUGUUCGAGAUGGUUGGGAUAACGAAGAAUGGGGAAGCCUAGAAGAGGAUCCUAUCGAAGAACAGGAACAGGAGCAGGAGCAAAUACAACAGAACCUUCAUUAUAACGAUGUCGAACCAAAUAACAAAAGUCAACAGCAACUGCAACAGAUACAGCAGCAGCGACCAAACGAUUUGCCUAGCGUAUCCAACCUACUAACAAAUUGCAACAAUAUCAGUCCAGUUCACGACGACGACGACGGACACGGCCAUGGACAUGGACACAUAAACAAUACCAACAAUGCCAAUUGGAAUAGUGAUUCAUGGGCCGAUGGCGAAUUCGAACCUAUCGAAGAUGCUUUAACCGGAAAUCCAAAACUUGAUGAAGCUAGAAGAAAACGUGAAGAGAAAAAGCUUCAACGUCAGCGAGAAUUGGAAGCACGUCGAGCUCAGCGAGGUCCAAUGAAGUUGGGUGCUAGAAAGCUUUAAAAUAUAAUAUAAAAAAAGAGAAAUCUUAUAGAAAUUUUCAACAAGAAAUUAUAUACAUAAAUUACAAAAACAAAAAAUAUAUAUAAAUAGAAAAAAAGUGAUUAAAUAAAUGAAAGCUAGGAAAUACAAAUUGUAAAAAUAAUAUGAGAGAAAUGAGAAGCCGAAUCUUCUCUGUCCAGACACAGAAAGUUUAAAAUAAUAAUUUUUUAUUCGAUUUAACUUCUUUCUUUGUUUUUUUUUUUUUUGUAAGCCGUUAAUUGUGAUCCCACUUUUAUUUAAAAAACUAAAUAUCAACUUUUUAUCGAAGGCACAUGUAAUUUAAAUUUUAUUUUUAUCAAAUAAUUUGUGUUUAAAUAUUUGUGUUCAUUUAAAUUAGAAUCACUCCUUGAAAAAGCACAUAGACUUAAACUUUUAAAACAUUUAAAUGACAGCUUAAUUAAUUUUCGCGAUGAAUCUUUUCCUUAUAACGUUGCAAAAAAACAAACAAAAAACGGGAAUCAACUAUGAAUAAAAGAAUACUGAAAUAUAAAUUAUGUCCAUAAAAAACAAUUGUAUUUGAUUAGUAAUUUAAGUUGCAUAUAAAAAAUGUCUUAUUUUACUUAUGAGUUCUAUGUAAGUUUUUUUUUUUAAUUUGAUAUAAAAAAACUUUAUAGAAAAUGGCCAAAAAAGAAAUCUGAAAAUAACCUUCAUUUAUAUGUUAAUGGUGAUGAGAUAAUCGGCUGUAUCAGAAUUUACAGCGGAGAACAUUCGUACUAGGGAUGAUACAAAUUGUAUUACUUCAAAAAUAUUGCCACUUGAUUCGAGACUAAAGACACUACUUAGCAAGAACUCAAAAUCAUUGGGAUAGAUAUUUUUGUUUGGAAGACGAAAAAUACCAACAGUUUUCAGUAGUACGAAUUUUCUCCGAUGGCUGGGGGCCUAUGAUAAGGCCGAAUACAGAGCUAUAGGUGUUAAAUUAAUUUUAAGUUUUCUGUCUUAAAUGUUGUGAACCAACAUAAUACUCAAUUACUUCUUCACUGAUUUUUACAAACUUAGGUAGGAAAAACCUCUUUUGAUUCGAUCUUAUAAUAUUAAAUUUGUUUGCAAUUCUUUAACAGUGCUGCAGUCUGUUCUUUGUUUAACACUUCCUAACUACUAUGGUUAUUUGUAAAACAAAUUGUUCAAGUGUCGCUGUUACGAACUGUUGGAAUUUGUUAUGGGACUUUCCAUGGGUAAAUUCAGAUUUCCCACAAAAUUGACAUAUUUUCGUGGAACACGAUUGAAUUUGUUGCCAUUGUGUAAGUGUAACUGGUAGAGCUGUCAAAAUCCUAGCUAAACAUUUUUAAAAAUUGGUGCAAAGAAGGUUAGAUCUACCUAAAAAUCAAGAUCUGCAGAUUUGAUAUUAAAUCAAAAACAAAUCAGUUGGUUUUGUCCCAUGGAUUUGUGUUUUGACAGAUCUGGAUCAAGAAUAAAUUGAUUUAUUUUAUCCAUGAAAAAUCCCUUAAGAUUUAUUGGCUGCGUUUAAUCUCGUGUUAGAUAGGGUACCUUGGAUAGGUGGAUUUUAGAUAUCUUGUUGAACGAGUUUGAAAGCUGUAUUGAGAUAGCUGUUAAAAAAGAAAAACAACUUUCAGCUGUUCACAAAAAGCAGAUAAACAGUUAAGCUUCGAAGUUAAAAUAGAUCAUAAUUACCUUCUAAAAUUCGGAGGCAAAUAUCAUAUUCAUCAUCUAUUAUGUACAGAACAUCCGCAAAUAUAACUUCAACUAACAUUUUCUAUCUUUUUGUUUACCAACAAAUACAAAAGGCUGAAAUCAAUUUACAAGUUUCUUGAAAUUCAACCAUGUGUUGAAUCAGCUGUUCUGUCAGAUACCUAUAUACCCCAGAAAUUCUUGGAUACCUUUGGAUUCCUUUUUUGACAUCUCAGCUGAUCAACUGUUGUUAUUUUACACGUAACAAGUAAACAAAGAGGUAUACGGAUACCCUAUCUUUCUGAAAUUGAACGCAUCCAUUAAGGACCGUAAUUGCUACUUACAAAUUGUUGAUCUGUCAAUCGACUACUAUAAAAGAUUAAAACAUUUUUUUUAUAACCUUAAAUCGCAAUUUAAAUAACGAAAGGAAAAUAAAAGCAGCUUUCAAAAUGCAACAAAAAUUGAUAAAAUAAACAUGUGCAUAUGUAUGUUUUUAAAAUAUAUCCUGAAUCAAACAUUAAUUUUUCUUUCAACAAAUUGAUGAAACUCAAAGAGAGCAGUCAACGAAAAACAUUGGCUUGAUUUAUAAUGAAAAUUCGUGGUCCAAUUUAUUUGACAAAUUGCUUUUAAGUUCAUUAAUCUCUCCCAAGCCACUAAAACAACUACUUUUUUGUAAACAAAUCAAUCACUUUGACAGUUCAACACUUUCAGCUCCGGAGCUAAGUUACGAAUAGUUACAAAUCGGAACUAUUUAACGUCAUGUUGUUAAAAAUGGUAACAAUUUUAACGUUUAGGAACGAAAAUGGUUAACAAUUGUUAACAAUAGAUGAAAAUAGAUAGAAAAAGAACAAACCUCUGCUUUAAAAAAAAAAACAUUUUGUAGGCAUUUUAAUAUUAUAAAGGCUGUAGAUCUGCAUAGAAGAAAACGUUAAGGUACAUUUUUUUAGUGAUUUAACAUAAUAUAGUACUGCGGAAUUCUCAUCCAACGUUCAAUAUUGCAAUAAACAAUGCUUAAUGGCCUUACCCCUCAAACAAUUCUACCGUACUACUUGAACUUCCGGGAAUGCGCAUCAGCUUUCUCUUGAGCUCAACUUCGGACCCACUAUUAAACAUAAAUAUUCUUUUUUCUCACUACCCACCAUUUUGAUAUUCAAAACAUUAGGCCAAUGUGUACCAGUAUCUAUCCUAUGAGGUAAGGAAAUCGCUUAAGGGAGUGCAAGUUUUCUUAAACUACAACAUAGGUUCUAGAGAAAUGAGCAAAUUAAUUUGCAGUGUUUUAUAUUUGUAUUGACUUUACAAACUUCCUUGAAUCAUUCAAGAUGAAUAAAUAGGACUCAAUGACUAAAAUCUAAUUCCACUAAUCUUACUGGCAGAUCAGCUUUAUAAUUUUAAUAUAAUCCUGAGGGAAAUUGUAAACAAGUUUAUUGUUAUUAAACAAAAAAAAACAAAGACUUUCCAUUGGUGCAAAAUUUCACACAAGAACCCAAAUGUACAGCUUCUUUUAAGACUCGCCAAGUAAAUAUCAAAUCAAAUCCCUUUGCAUUUUAACGCCACAGCACUCCCUGGAUGAAUUUAAGCUUGUCCAUACUUUUCAUUUUCAUUAUUCGGAGUCCGAUAGCAGAUUGUUUGAGAUCGUGAUAUUUUAAUCUCUUGUCCGUAUUCUGAAUAGAAUGGACCUUCUCAGAAUCCCCAAUUUUUUUUACAUACAAUUGGUUUCCUUUGUAUAUAAUUUUUCAUGAAUUUGCUGUAGAUUUCUCGCAAGUUUAAAACCUCAUUAGAAUUUAAAGUUUUGUCUAUGGGUAAACGUUCUUAUUUUAAGGCUUUAAUUAUUGAAUAUUUCAGUUCUCUUUAGUUUGAUCUUUGAUGGUUAUGAUAAAAUAGAAAAAUAUGUUCAAAACUUGAAACAUGUAAUAAUUCCUUGAUAAUAAAAAAAAAAAACAAUUUAUCAAAUCAAAUGCAUAUAAACCAAAAUAAAAAAAUUUAAAUUAAAUCAAUUCUAAAUCAAUCGUAAACAUUUUUUAAAUUCAAAAUCUAUGUGUGUAAGAAUCUCCCUCUCCCUCAAACACACAAAAUACAAAAACCAAAAACUUAAUAUACCUAAAAAAACAAAUACAAAAACUCAGCUCAAUAUAAACAAAAUAAAAACAUGUAAAAUGUAUAUUUUUUUCCUAUCAGAGGUAGUUUUUAGUAAAAAAAAAUAAAAUAAAACUUAAUUACUAAAAUUAUUACAACAAAAUUUCAGCGUGCGAGCGUCCAAACGAAUAGAGUUUUGUUAAUCGUGAAAUAUUUAAAACAAAAAUGAAUGUAUUUUAUAUAUAUUUAAAUUAACUGUGUAAAAAUGAUCAAACAAACAAAAUUAUUAGAAAAACCAACAAAAAAAAAUAUAAAACAAUAUGGUUGUUGUUAACAAAUUGCGUAUUUUCUACUUUUCAUAAAACAAAACAAACAAACAAA